CGCGCGUUGUAGAAAACUGAACGUGUUAAACUGCAGACGAGAUCCUUGGUCAAUGAUUAAACAACUACGAUAACGUGACAAAUCGCCAUUUUAGGAACUAAAAUUUGUGAAUACAAUAACAGACAUGUAACAUGGAAUCAGAAGAGCAAGUUCCGAUCCUGCAACCGGACGAAAAACUUUCCAAAAGACUGAAUAUUUUAAUUGAACAGUUUCGAUCGACUUAUAAUGUCAUGCCUUCGUUUUUCGUCAGAGUCCCAGGAAGAGUUAAUUUAAUUGGCGAGCACAUCGAUUACUGCGGAUAUGCUGUUUGUCCGAUGGCCAUUAAAAGAGAUAUACUGGUUGCUGUAGCGGUGUCAAAGGAUAGUGACAUUCAUCUCACAAAUAUGGACCCUAAAUACAAAUAUUUCCAGUGCAGUAUGAAAGACGUUAGUGUUUGCAUCAGGGACGCCAGUAGUGGUCCAGACUGGUACAAAUAUUUCCUCUGUGGCGUGAAAGGAGCUCUUGAAGUGAUCCCAGAGGAAUGCGUACCUUCGGGAAUUUUGGCUGCAAUUUGGGGUAACAUUCCUCCUAAUUCUGGUCUCUCGAGUUCUAGCGCGCUAGUUUCUGCCGCUGUUCUUUUGACUGCACACAUCAGUCAGCACCAAUUGUCAAAACGUAGAUUAGCUACCAUCAGCGCUAGCGCCGAGAGAUAUAUCGGCACUCAGGGUGGUGGAAUGGAUCAAGCGAUCGUGUUCCUUGGCAAAGCAGGUUCUGCAAUGCUAAUCGAAUUCAACCCCUUGCGUGGUACCGACGUCACGUUACCGGAAACCGCAGUGUUCGUAAUAGCGCAAAGCCUGGCUUAUCACAAUAAAGCUUCCACCACGGAUUAUAAUUUAAGAGUUGCGGAAUGUCGAUUAGCUGCGCAGAUGAUAGCAAGAAAAAGAAAUAAAGCUUGGGAACGCGUACAAAGAUUAAUCGACGUUCAAGAAAGCCUCGGUGUGACUGUAGACGAAAUGGUUUCUGUUGUAAUAACAGACCUUCACGAAGAGCCAUAUACUUUAAACGAGAUUAGCAAAACUCUUGACACGACGAACGAGAAACUUCGAGAAAUAUCGUUACUGCAGUCCUUUAGCGACGCGCAAACUUUCAAGCUGAGGCAACGCGCCCUCCAUGUAUAUCAAGAAGCAGCCAGAGUGGUCAAGUUCUGUCGUAUCAGCGAAGAGACCGCCAUUACGGAAGAUGAAAAAUUACGGCAGCUCGGCAACCUGAUGUCCAACAGUCAUAUUAGCCUUAGCAAACUGUACGAGUGCAGCCAUCCCAAUGUUGACUGGCUGGUUGACAAAGCUAUGGCGUGUGGCGCACUUGGAGCAAGACUCACGGGAGCUGGGUGGGGCGGUUGCAUAGUGGCUAUCGUAACGAAAGACAAGGUUUGGCAAUUUGUGGAUACACUGAAAAUAGAGAUUGUUCAUUCUGGAAUAAAAGACAGAUUCCAGUUCGGCGAUCUGGUCUUCCCAAUGAAACCGAACCAGGGAGCUGCAAUUUAUAUGACCUAGUUUUGCAUUUGUAUGUAAACCCACUUUCAUUUUGCAUUUUGUAAAUCAUCGACCAAUCUAUUAUUAUUACCAUUGUCAAUAAUUACCAUUUGUUAUGAUAUCAUAUCUAAUGUGUGACGGUGAACGAGAAUUGAAUUUUGUCGCACGUUCCUUCUCUUGCCUAUUCAAAGUCUGAGAGGAGAUUGUAGCUCGAUUGAGAUUGAGAACUCGGAACGUUUCAGAUUGACACAAAUGGAAUGCGAAAAUCGUAUUCACUGUCAGGGUAAAUUUGUGUCUAAUGUAGCGUACGCGAGCAGCUCUUGCUGCUUAUAUCGAUUAUAAUCUGUGGUGCCUUUAUGUUACAGUUAAGGAUUUAUAAAGAGUUACAUGAAAUAUAAAAACCGAUCAUUAUACAAA